AUGGCCACCAAUCCCGACUUCACCCAGAAACAAGCCGAAGCUGGUGUAUGGUCCUUGGUCGAACUCAACAUGGGCAUUGUAUGCAACAACCUGAUGCGGCUGAAGCCGUUCCUCAGAACAUACCUUCCCAGAGUCUUGACCUUUCUCGGUCUCACAGCCAAGUCGAAGCAGCAAGGAGAGAUUCAAUCCAAAUCCAGCGGGAACUGGGGGAGCAGACCCUCGCACAGCUACCAGCUGAAUAGUCUAGAGCAUGACGACCCCCAUCACAGCAGUUUUAGAAAGGAGCCUUCGGUUGAUGAGACUGGUUUUGGGGACUCGGAUAAGGAGCCAUCACGCCAUAAUGGGAGCACUGAUGAUAUACUUAGAUCAUCACGAUACCCUUCGUUACAUAAACUUCAGAAACUAUGUACAAGAAUUCAUCGAGGCAUCCCGAUAGAAGCAUCGAUCAACCACGCUUUCCGAUAA